AUGAAGAACAAUCUACUCCGGCAAGUCUCGAGAGCUUCGGCCACUGCCAUCCGAUCGCCCACCUGCUCAACCACACCUAUCGCGACUCGAGCUUUCAGCAACGUCCAGUCGCUGAAGCGAGACUCGUCUCAGGACGACUCUGACAAGCACGAUGAGCUCAGCACUGCUGGCAAGCCUGGCGCCUUUCAACAUGAGGGUCAGUUCUCGCGUACGGACAACACUAUCAGGGUUGAGUACCCCGAAGAGGCCAAUCUCCCAAGCUCGAAGCCUGUGCAGGGACGAGGUGGCUUUCACUUUAAGAGAACGCUAGCGAGCUUCAGCUUGGAAAACAGGGUGGGUGUAGUCACUGGUGGUGCUCGAGGUCUAGGCUUGGUGAUGAGCCAAGCAUUGGUGGUGAGCGGUGCAGACGUUGCCAUCGUGGAUCUGAAUAAGGACGAAGCCGCAAGGCAAGCCGAUGUGCUCAUGGAGAACUUUCGCUCCGAGAACCCUGGCGCGGACCAAGUUCCUAAGGUAACGGCUCACUACGCCGAUGUCUCAUCGCCAGACUCGGUCAAUAAGGCGCUAGAGGAAAUUAUCAGUGAUCAUGGCAAGAUCGACAACCUCGUCACUUCCGCCGGUUUCACGGAGAACUUCGACGCGAUCUCAUACCCGCACGACCGCAUGCAGAAGCUGUGGGGUGUCAACGUCAACGGCACAUAUCUGUUCGCUAUCGGCGUUGCGAAGCACCUAAUGGAGCGAAAGGCACCGGGCAGUCUCGUGUUCAUUGGCAGUAUGAGCGGUGCCAUUGUCAACGUGCCACAGCCGCAAGCUCCAUACAACGCAGCAAAGGCCGCCGUAAGGCAUUUGGCGGCUUCGCUUGCCGUCGAGUGGGCACACGCUGGCAUCCGCGUGAACUGUAUCAGCCCAGGCUACAUGCUUACUGCGCUUACCAAGAAGAUCCUCGACGAUAACCCAGAGCUUGCGAACAAGUGGACAAGCCUUAUUCCGCAAGGUAAAAUGGGUCGGCCGGAAGAUCUCAUGGGUGCCGUCACGUUCUUGUGCAGUGACGCAUCCGGCUACGUGACCGGAGCGGACAUCAGAGUGGAUGGCGGAUACACCGUGACCUAAUUGUUCCGUGUGAGAGAUACGCGGGACAUGACAGGGUUGCUGGAGCCGGCUGAGCUUCGGAUGGCUCAAACGGGAAGGAUAGACUGUGAUCAGAGCAGGCGCAACGGCGACACUGGGCGUUGCUGCCAUUACUGCGCUUUCCACGCGCGAGACCAAAUCGGCCUCAAAGUAGACUUGCGGCUGCUGGCAUAUAUCACACUCGUAACAUGAGCUCCAUUCUUCCUGUGAGCCUGGGACACUCCGAAGAGAUGCACCCGUUGCAGGUGAAUAUUUGCUACAUGUAAGCGUGUCUUGUCUCUCAUGCUGGUGCCAGACUUUCAUGGUGUGGCUGAGGGCUCAGGUGGAGAUCGGCGACGCCACGCUAGCCGGAAUGUCAUCAAGGCAGCAGCUUUCCGCACCUCAAUCUAGGCCGCCGAUUAACCAAAAUAGAGAUGCCUCGGGGCCAAU